GUGUGGUGGUGGCAGCAGUUUUCCUGGCAGUCGGCUUGUUGAACUCGAUUGUCGGACUCUUCGAGUUGCUGGCCACCCUCAUAGCUGGCUGCAACAUCCUCGUGGUUGUUGCGAGCAUGGCGUUUCUGGCGCUAAGGUGCGCUAUGCUCUUCGGCUUGCUGCAGGUUGCAGGUGCACUCCUCGCACCUGUUCCAAACGGUGCGGCCGGGGUGCAGCGGCCGCUUCUAGAGGGUGGCUUCUCGAGCGGGAACGAGGGCAGUUCUGCCUUUUGA